AUGAAUUGUUCGAAUCGAGAAUGGACAAAGAAAUCUCUUAAAAAAGACCUUAUACCUGGAGCCGUAGUUAUGGUGAUCAAUGCAACUGAUACGCUGUACGCAGAAGCCUUCGGUCAUCAGUCGUUAACACCAAAAAGACACAUUAAUCCAUAUCUAUCAGAACCACAGAAACGUAUCUUUCAUCCAGAUUUUCCUUCUAAUUCGGUCACUCUACGCAAAUUACUUUCACAUUCGGCUUCGACUGCUACCAGUCGUCAAGUAACCAAUAGUUAUUAUCACCCAGGUGAUACAGCAUUUGCCGAAUCAUUAACAGACGCAUGUUACAGAAUUAUCAAUCCAACACACAUCAAAUUGGUUACCGCAACCACCAGGCACAGAAUUGACAACAAUAAAAUCGGUGUUCGAUUGGCUGAUUUUUCAAACAUUGAAGAUUUGGUACAACAUUAUGUUUACGCAUACAAUGAAUUCUCUCUCGAAGUGUGGCACGAAAAAUUACCGAAAUUUAAUAUCGCAAAAAUCUCCGACUUUCCUACAUGGUUACAAAUUCCAUUCUAUGAAUUUAGUAUCUACCCUGCCGGUGUGUUGCGUAUGUCGGCUCGUUCCCGAGCCACCUGUCUUCAGAUGUUUCUCAAUAAUGGUUCUAGCAUUCUUCGUCAUCAAUCUAUUGUCGAAAUGCGAAGACCAAUCGAUGAUGGGCUGAUACCAUACUACAGCCCGAAUUCAGCAGACCAACUAGCUAACGUUGAUGUUAGACUUGAUUGGUAUUGGCUAAUGAAGAAUAAUGGUCGUCGGUAUUUUGGUCAUGAGGGUUCGAUGCCAGGUGUAACACAUUCAAAAGAAACCUAUGAGACAGUGAUGAAUAUUUACAUGUCAUUUUUUGAAUGUUUCGACACUGACAUUAUGUAG